GAUUUAUAACGAGUAGUCGAACGUUGCGUUUGACAUGAAAUCAUUCAAGCAUUUCUUUUCAACAAUUGCUAAAAUGAUUGGAUUUGACGGCGCAGAGAGCAACGAAGAUGUGAUUGGACCAAAGAGUAGUGUGAAGAAAGAAGAGCCGAAAAAGUCACCUGGACCAAAAUCGAGUGAAGAAACAAAGCCUGUCGGGAACGGAGGAGAGACAAAGCGUCGUCGGGUUGAUCUUAAAGAAAAAAUGGAAGUUCAGUCCGUUGAACUUCAGCGUCAGAGUGGGGAUAGCGCAGCGCACAUUGAGGACAAAUCAGCAAAAAGCAGCAGAAUGGAUGACUUAUCAUCGAGAAGUUUACGUCGCAUUCGGGAUAUGAGUGAACGUGCUGUCCGAAAAGUAAAAACAUUUGUGAGCAGACCAAUCAAGGAAGCCACUCUCCGACAUUUUGUCAAUAAGGUGGAAGCCAAAAUGCAAGCAGAGCAGACCGGACAAGUUCGACUGCGAGAAGUUAAGCGAGGAGAUGACUUAUUUCCAAAGCCUUUACGGAGAUCUCAGGAAGGAAAGUCUAAGGAAGUUAGAACCAAGGAUAAGGUUGACAUGUCUCUGAAGAGUGUUGCGACAUCAGCGAUGAGGUACAGUGGAGGAGAGUUACCUAGUGGAAACAAAAUAGUUAGCGGUAACAAGUGCAAUGACGGGAAAUUGUUCAUUAACGGCGAACCGUUUUGGACAACGAAGAAAAAACCUACCGAGGCAGACCUGGAAGAAAGUGGCACAGAAGAUGACAUUCAAAUGAAUGCUGAAGUCGCACUGGAAGUUUAUGAAGGAAAAAAACAACUGGUCAACAUGCCUUCCAUACCGAUCAUCCUAGAUCCAAUGAAUGAACUUUCUGAGCUGAAGCGAAGGGACAAGUUGUUCUUUUGCAGAGACGUACUUUUUGGGAAUUCUGUGCGCAGCAUGAUAAACCUUUGUGAUAGUACAACGAAAGUCACGCCAAUACGAAAACGAGGCCAGCCGAUAGCAUUUACUGAACCAAACACAAGAGCUGCUUAUCAUAGAGAACACUCCUCGGAAUCGGAAAAGCUUCCUUUCACUCCAUCCAAAGUUCCCUCAGGAAGUUCACAAAAAGUCCGAAAACGAAAGCGGACGAACGCAAAAACUAGCGGCAACGGUCACGAAUCGAGUAAUGCAAAACCUGGCUCAAGGAAACAAAAAAGCAAAAGCAAAGGCGGUGAUGCAAGAAGUCUGUCAGCAGAAGUUCAAAAAUCGUCUCAAGCUGUAGAAUCUAGUUGA